CCUGAGAUAUGACAAAAAAGGGAAAACGAACAGCUUAGAUAAACGAUGAACAGUUUCGUAUUGAGAUAAAGGAAAUGUCGAACGGGGCUGAGCGUGGCAGUUUGGCGCUGCAGUCUUCGCCUGUGAAGUCUACGUCGCCCGUCAGAGCUUCCCCGAGUCCGGUCAGGGCUCCGCCGUCGCCGUUGAAGUCGUCGUUGUCGAGCGGACGGCAGAGGUCGCCGAGGAAAUGUCAGUUUGCCGCGCCGUCUGAAGAUGCUCGUGAUAAGUGUGGGGCGUCGUGGUUGUGCCGACGCGGGGCUGGAGUGGAGGAGUCGGAACCUGAGCGGUCUCCGGGGCCGAGUGUACCUCUGCCCCAAGCCUGCGAGGAAAGCGCGCCUCCACCAAAGAACUGCUUCAGACUUGUCAUGUUGGGGUCAGCACGUGUGGGCAAGACCUCAUUAGUAGCCCGGUUCCUAGGCACGAAAUUCGAAGACAGCUACACGCCCACCAUAGAAGACUUCCACCGCAAGCUAUACCGGAUCCGCGGAGAGGUCUAUCAAUUGGAUCUGCUCGACACCUCUGGGAACCACCCCUUCCCUGCAAUGAGGAGGCUUUCAUUUCUAACAGGAGAUCUCUUCGUGUUAGUAUUCGCUAUGGACAGCCGCGAGUCCUUCGAGGAGGUCAUUCGACUUCGGGAACAGAUCUUGGAGACAAAGGCAAGCGCUAGCAGCAGUAAUCGCGGGCGUCGACAAGUGCCCAGGGUCCCAAUGGCCAUUGCCGGGAACAAGUGCGAUAAGGAACUUAAGACGGUGCAAGCUGAAGAAGCUCAUGCCUAUUGCACAACACAAGAUUCAGCCUGUGUCUUCGUCGAAACAUCGGCCAAGAAAAAUUCUCACGUCGACGAUCUCUUCUACGAACUAUUUGUUGUGGCAAACUUACCUCUAGAAAUGGCUCCAAACCAUCACAAACGCGUCAGCACGGCCUUCGGGAGCCCGUGCACUCUCCCUCCUACCAGCAGUCAGAGUAAUCGAAGCAAAAAAUGUACAUUAUCGAUAAAAAGGAGAUUGUCUGAUGCUUGCGGGGUCGUUGCUCCGAACGUGAGGCGGCCUAGUAUUCGGACAGAUCUGAUGAUAAUGAGAACGAAGACUUGUGCCAAAGGUGACGGAGACAGCUCUAGCGGCAGUCCCAAGCUCACUCUCAACAGACUGGUGCGACCGACCGGACAAAAUGAGAAGCGAUCAUGCGUUAUACAGUGACAUUCGUGGCUUUUUGAAUGGAUUCAUAAGUCGGUGCUAUGCCAAAUAUUAGUCCGUUUAGAGAGUAACAAAGUACCCCGUUUAGAAUUAAUCGUGUAAAUAAAUUAAUAAGAAUGGUACAAUUUACAUAAUCGCCCCGUAAUUAAUUAAAUAAGCGUUUAAUUAAAUAUUGAAACUCAAUUUGUGAAGGCUGUUGUUUCGUUGAGAACUCCGCAAAAUGAGUUAAUGAGCUCGAAUUGGGUGCCGAAUUUUAAGGAGUGUAAGAGGCAUUGCAGCAAUACAAACACAAACCGAGUGUUUGACUGUUUUUGAAGACUGCCAGUAGGAAAUUUUCAUAGCAGAGAAUUUUCUUUCCGCUAUUAUUAUUCGAGCAAACAAAAAAUUAGUUUCGCCGAUUCGAAGUUUUCCGUUGAAACUCUUGGGUUUAUUUUACGUAAAAUAUACUAAAACAAUAUUGAGGAAUUUACGUAGCUUCGUUUUUCGAUUAUUUUAGAACAAUGUUGCUACGUACUCCGGCUUGAUGAAUGAGGUUUCAGACUGAACCAAUCUAUACUAAUAUUAUAAAGCUGAAGA